AAGGGUUCUGGGUGUGUGGUGAGGCCGGGGCGCUGAGCGUGGCGGGAUUCUGCUGGGGAGCGGCCGCCGUGAGUGUAGGGCCACAGCCUUCUCCUGCCCCUCGUUCCCGCCCGGCCUGCCGCGGGCGAGUCCCCUGUCGGUUCCGGUCCCCGUGGGCUGGCGCUUGACCCGCGGGGCCUUGCGCUUCCCAGCCCUUCGCCCUGUAAAGACGCGAAAACCUUGGCCGAUUAUGCCCGGGGUUGAGAGCCUUCAGGAAGGGAGCCCCAAGCAGUUGUGGAUGGAUCCCCGUCACCUGUAUACGCUCCCUCUGCUAAUUCCUGCUCCUUCCUUUCGCCUCCUCGUUCUUUCUCCUUAGUCCCCUACGCCAUCCUCUUCCCUUAUUUGCGGAUGCCACAUCGCUUCGGGGUGUUGCUCAACCCUGUGGUACCCAGGACUGCUUGCUGGCUUCGGGAUGGAGUUCCUUUCAUGACCCACAAGAUUCCCUCUAGAGAGGCGCUGAGAUGCGGCGAGCAUUCUCUGCUUCGAUUAGCUUUUAUGGACUGGGUUUAUAAUCGGACAAUUUGGGGAGGUUUGAGAUUCGCUAGCGUCUUUUUCAGUCCCUGUCAGGCUCUGUGAGAGAUGGAAUGUCUCUACGUCCCUGAUAGUCCCCACAGCUUUUGUACUAUUAGUAAUGACUGUGUUUUAGAGGGGAACCUUCCUGGAGGACCCAGAUAUCCCAGAGAGCUGGAGAUAGAAUUGGCUGAGAGAAGAAUAUCUCUGUGGGAGGUGUUAGGUCAGAAAAUAGUGAAAGCAGCUGAAACUGAAGUGAGGAUUCCUGGGCAGGUCAGAAUCCUGACUGAAGCAAAAGAUCUCUGUUGAGAAGGCGUAAGAACUUCUUGGUCCUGAUGCCUGACCAUGGAGAUGUGAGCCUCCCGCCCGAAGACAGGGUGAGGGCUCUCUCCCAGCUGGGUAGUGCUGUGGAGAUAAAUGAAGAUACUCCACCCCGUCGGUACUUCCGCUCUGGAGUUGAGAUUAUCCGAAUGGCAUCUGUUUACUCAGAGGAAGGCAACAUUGAACAUGCUUUCAUCCUCUAUAACAAGUACAUCACGCUGUUUAUUGAGAAAUUACCAAAGCAUCGAGAUUACAAAACAGCUGUCAUUCCUGAAAAGAAAGACACAUUAAAGAAGUUAAAGGAGAUUGCGUUUCCCAGAGCAGAAGAGCUGAAGGCAGAGCUGUUAAAACGAUAUACCAAAGAAUAUACAGAAUAUAAUGAAGAAAAGAAGAAGGAAGCAGAGGAGUUUGCCCGGAACAUGGCCAUCCAGCAAGAGCUGGAAAAGGAAAGACAAAGGGUAGCACAACAGAAGCAGCAGCAAUUGGAACAGGAACAGUUCCAUGCCUUUGAGGAGAUGAUCCGUAACCAGGAGCUAGAAAAAGAGCGACUGAAAAUUGUACAGGAGUUUGGGAAGGUGGAUCCUGGCCUAGGUGGCCCUCUGGUGCCUGACUUGGAAAAGCCUUCCUUAGAUGUGUUUCCCACAGCACCUGUCUCUUCCACAAAGCCCUCAGACUGUAAUACAAGUGUAAGGCCAGCUAAGCCCCCUAUGGUGGACAGAUCCUUGAAACCUGGAGCACUGAGCAACUCAGAAAAUAUUCCUAUAAUUGAUGGACUGCGCCAUGUGGUGGUGCCCAGGAGGCUCUGCCCACAGUUUCUCCAGUUAGCCAGUGCCAACACUGCCCGGGGAGUAGAGACAUGUGGGAUUCUCUGUGGAAAACUGAUGAGGAAUGAAUUUACCAUUACCCACGUUCUCAUCCCCAAGCAAAGUGCUGGUUCCGAUUAUUGUAACACAGAGAACGAAGAAGAACUUUUCCUCAUACAGGAUCAGCAGGGUCUCAUCACACUGGGCUGGAUUCAUACUCAUCCCACACAGACUGCCUUUCUCUCCAGUGUUGAUCUGCAUACUCACUGCUCCUACCAGAUGAUGUUGCCAGAGUCAGUAGCCAUUGUUUGCUCCCCCAAGUUCCAGGAAACUGGAUUCUUUAAACUAACAGACCAUGGACUAGAGGAGAUUUCUUCUUGUCGCCAGAAAGGAUUUCAUCCACACAGCAAGGAUCCACCUCUGUUUUGUAGCUGCAGCCACGUGACUGUUGUGGACCGAGCAGUAACCAUCACAGACCUUCGAUGAGAUUUUUGACUCAGAACACCUCCCAGGAACCAUAAAACCAUAUCAGUGUACUGUAGCUCCUUAAUUUAAAAUUUCCAGAAAGCUUGGGAAGCUUUUUUAGACAGAAGAUAAAGUGGGUAUGACCUGGAAAAGAACUGAUUUUCUAUUUCUGGUUUGAAAAGAAAAUUGAAUAUAUUUUCUAGGCAAGUCUGGAAGAAAUGAUUGCACUAAAGCAGCUUUUCAGCCUGCCUGUAAUGCAAAUCUAAAAAAACUAAGAAAAUUCAGUGGUAUAAUGAACACCCAUCUACCCUUCAUUCUAGAGUCACCAAUUGUUAACAUUUUUUCCUCUCAGCUAUCCUUCUAAUUUCUCUGUCAACUUGUUUAUUGUUUACUUUUGGACUAAAUAAGGGCAUAUAUUUAGAAAUUUGGAAGCUACAGAGAAAAUCUUUUGGAUUUUCCUGGGGUUUAUGGUAAGGGGUACUGACAGCUCACUACAUCUCACCAGAUGGUGAGGCUUGCAAACCCUGAAAAAAUAUUUUGUCAGUAAUUAUUGUUAUUUAACAAAUAUUUCAGAAUAUUUUUCCUCUUCAAUAAAAUAACAAUUAGCUUA